AUGAUCCAAUGGGACCAAGGAGCACAAAAAAUCCGAAAGCGUCGACAAUGGCAGGACGAGGCACCCAAACUCCUUUCGACUGUCCAUGAUUUAAUUGUCGAUUCAUAUUAUAAUGUCGCGGAGUUUCAUGUGAUUUUGGAAUUGAGUAAAUUAAGCCAAUCAGAUAAAUGGCCAUUCCUGCCACAAUCUACAUUAUAUGAAAACAGCUCUGAGACAAUUCCUAGCAAAGACGUUUUCAGGGAAAUUGGUGAUACUUGGGGAAUGACGGGUCAAAGUAUGUAUGAAGCAAUAGCACAAGAAGCACAGAAGAUUUUGGAUUAUUCGCUUGGAAAUGUUGUUUGCGAGCAAACUUUUGGUCAAGAACAUAAACUUAAUAUGUCUUCCUUUAUUACUCUCCCCUCUCAAUUUCAGUCUGAUGUUUCGGUCUCUUCUGAUGACAUUCUAUUUGAAUGUUGUGAAUUGUAA